UGAGCAAAGAAAACAUGCGUGAAGGCUGACUGAAGCAACUUAGUUAUACAUUACCGGGGUCCGGGUGUGAAGAGUGUUUGUGUUUCCGUAGAGUGGAGCCGGUGGAGAGAGAGAAUGGGAAGCGUGGCACAAAUACCAACGAGCUUUGGGCAUGAACUUAGAGCUUGCCUUCGCUGCAGGCUUGUCAAAACCUACGAUCAGUUUAGAGAAUCAGGAUGCGAAAACUGUCCCUUCUUUGGUUUGGAUAAAGAUCAUGAGCGUGUUGUUGAGUGCACUACUCCUAAUUUCACUGGGUUAAUUUCUGUUAUGGAUCCAACUAGAAGCUGGGCUGCUCGCUGGCUACGAAUUGGCAGAUUCGUUCCAGGCUGCUACACUCUUGCUGUAUCGGAGGCACUUCCAGAGGAAUUCCAGGCUAUUUGCGAGGAUGAGCGUGUUCAGUAUGUACCUCCAAAGCGCUGAUAAUAUUGUAGUUUAUAGGUUUGUAGGUUUGUAGGUUUGUUGAUAGUUAUCAAUGAUGAUGCAAGGGAGGUUGUACACAAGCUAACACUCAGAGUUGCUGACUCCAACUUUUAACUAAUGUGUGGCGAAACUAGUUAUAACAUUCUAAUCAAUCUUACUCCUUGUUUUGAAGGGAGACAUCA